CGCACCAAACUCAAAACUCAAAACUCCAUGGCCAUGGCUGUCUCAAGGAAGCCAGAACACAAGAUCCCCAACCCUACCAAUUCCACAUCGAUUCCGCCGGCCGCCUGGCUGGCCCUGGUGGCUGCCGCCGUGAAGCUCCUCCUCUUCCCGGCCUACCGGAGCACCGACUUCGAGGUCCAUCGCCACUGGCUGGCCCUCACCCACUCCCUCCCCCUCUCUCACUGGUACUCGGACCAGUCCUCCCCAUGGACCCUCGACUACCCCCCUUUCUUUGCCCACUUCGAACUCUUCCUCUCCCACUUCGCCCGCCUCGUCGACCCCACCAUCGUUCACCUCCGCCGCGGCCUCGACUUCUCCUCCCCUUCCCUCACCCUCUUCCACCGCCUCACCGUCGUCGCCUCCGAUACCCUCCUCUUCUACGCCCUCCAUCGAUUUACGCGCAAUUUAACACCGACAAAGCGGUUUCUGAUCUGGGUCUUGGUCCUUUCAGCGCCGGGGCUGGUGAUUGUGGACCACGUGCACUUUCAGUACAAUGGGUUCUUGCUAGGGAUCUUGAUGCUCUCGCUGUCAUGGUUGGAGGACGGGAGGGACUUGAUGGGCGGGUUUGUGUUCGCCGUUUUGCUGUGCUUUAAGCACUUGUUUGCCGUGGCGGCGCCGGUUUAUUUCGUGUAUCUGUUGCGGCAUUAUUGCCGGGGAGGGCUGGGUAGAGGCCUCAGGCGGCUGGUGCUGAUGGGGACGGUGGUUGUGGCUGUUUUCACGGCGGCGUAUGGGCCGUUUGUGUAUUAUGGACAGAUCCAGCAAGUUCUUCGCCGCAUGUUUCCUUUUGGUAGGGGGCUCUGCCAUGCCUAUUGGGCUCCAAAUUUCUGGGUUUUCUAUAUACUCUUAGAUAAAGGGCUCGCUUUUGUGUUUGCUAAACUGGGAUUCAGCAUCCAAGUGCCGACAGCUUCGUUUACUGGUGGACUAGUGGGGGAUUCAUCUCCUUUUGCUGUUCUGCCUAGGGUCACUCCCUUGACUACCUUUGUCUUGGUCCUGCUUGCACUGUUCCCUUGUCUUAUUAAGACCUGGAGAGAUCCUAAACCCAGGAUGGUCACUAGAUGGGUUGUGUAUGCAUAUACAUGUGGCUUUUUCUUUGGCUGGCAUGUCCACGAGAAGGCAUCUCUACAUUUUGUGAUCCCUCUUGCUAUUGUUGCAUUACAGAGCGUGGAGGAUGCAAAGCAUUACUUUUUGUUGUCAAUAGUGUCCUCCUACUCUCUUUUCCCUCUUCUAUUUGAGGCACAAGAGUACCCAAUAAAAGUGCUGCUGUUGCUUUUGCAUUCCACUCUUAUGUGGUUUGGAUUCUCAUCACAAUUCUCCCAGGCUCGAUCAGCAAAAGCCAAAGCUCCUCAGCAUAAGAAAGGCGAUAAUGUUGAUUCAAAAGAAGCUUCAAGUAUUGCCACUCAGAAAGGAGAGUUUGCCAUUGGAUGGUUGGGGAAGACUUACCUGUUUGGUGUUUUGGCAGUCGAAACCUGGACACAGCUUCUGCAUCCAAUCCUUCUAGGUAACAGGCUUCCCUUCCUACCUCUCAUGAUGAUCUCUGUUUACUGCGCAUUUGGAAUGAUGUACUCUUGGAUUUGGCAACUAACACGGAUCGUUAGGUCUUCUUGAUCCAUAGAUUACUUGGAGCAAGUAUCACAUGGCACAUCCAAUGAUAGAUCCUUUAACACACACUGUAUGGAAAAACGUUUGAACAACAAUUCAUUGUUUAUUAUAUUGAAUUUUGCUUAACAUUAAUUGAGAAUUUGAGACAAAAUCUGGGAAUUCCUGGAAAGCUUUUAGUGUGAUGAACUAACUAUGUUGGCUGCUGAACACGAACUGUUUUACUUGGAAUCUGUGUUUGACAAGAAACGACAUAGUGUUCUGUGUAUGUAGUCUUUUGGAUCAAUAGUAACCAGAGACAGUUGAAGAAGAUACUCAUUCACGUAUGUUUCUACUUGAAAAGCUAGUUUAAACUUCAUUGAAAAGCUCAACUCUUGUAUCUCUGUUUUAUGCUUUUGAUAAUUCAACAUAAAAAGACUGUUGAC